GCAACCCAACCCAACCCAUCUGUUGAAGUUAUACGGGAUUCAAGAAAACCAUCAUCGGAGCCGGAUUUACUCGAAAAAGUGUUCAGGACACUCGAUGAUGCUAUAAUCAAGUUUCUUGAUCCUCCUCUUGAUAUAUCGGUUGACCCGAGCUAUGUCUUAGGUGAUAAUUUCGCACCGGUUGAUGAGUUGGGUCCAACCGAGUGCGAGGUGGUGCAUGGCUCCAUCCCUCCAUGCCUCGAUGGUGUGUACAUCCGUAACGGACCCAACCCACAGUUCGUCCCAAGUGGUCCGCACCAUUACUUUGAUGGGGAUGGAAUGGUACACUCCAUUAGGAUCUCUCACGGUCGUGCCACUUUCUGCAGUCGUUACGUGAAGACCAACAAGUACCUCUUCGAACACCAAAUUAGAUCAAAUGUCGUUCCGAAUGUCAUCGGUGGCAUGCAUGGUCUAGGCCCGUUCAUGGCUCGUGCAACGUUGUUCGCUGCACGAGUCAUUUCCGGGCGUUACGAUAUCGUCAAAGGCAUUGGCGUAGCCAACACCAGUUUAUCGUUGUUCGGUGGCCGUUUAUACGCUUUAUGUGAGUCCGAUAUCCCGUAUGCGAUCAAGCUCGAAGAAGAUGGCGACAUAAGAACGUUGGGUCACCAUGAUUUUGAUGGCAAGCUUACGAUGAACAUGACCGCGCACCCGAAGAUCGAUCCCGAGACGAAAGAGGCCUUCGCGUUUCGUUACUGGGCGACACAACCUUACCUGACUUACUUCAACUUCGAUUCAAACGGAAAUAAGCAGCCGGACGUCCCCAUUUUCUCCAUGAAACACUCGUCUCUAACUCAUGAUUUGGCCAUCACCCAGAAGUAUGCAGUCAUCUGUGAGAUUCAAAUCGGUGCGAACCCCAUGAACCUGAUCCGUGGAGGACGGUUGGUCGACGUAGACCCCAGAAAGGUUCCAAGAAUUGGCGUACUACCACGAUAUGCGAAGGAUGAUUCCGAUAUGAAGUGGUUUGAAGUCCCUGGGUUCAAUAUAUUUCAUUCGGUCAAUGCAUGGGAUGAGAAGGAUGAAGACGGUGGCGACGUGGUGGUGCUGGUGGCACCCAAUAUCUUGUCGGUGGAACACUUUUUUAAGCGAGCAGAUCUCAUCCAUGGAUCCAUGGAGAAAGUGACGAUUCACUUGGAGACAGGGGUUGUAUCCAGGCACCGUUUGUCGACUAGAAGUUCGGAGUUUCCGGUGAUUAAUCCGGCCUAUGUAGCGAAAAAGAACAAGUAUGUGUACGUAGCAGUUUCUGAAGAAAUUCCAUUAAAGUCGAAGAUAAUGAGGGCAUCAGGGGUGGCAAAGCUUGACAUAUCUGCUUCAGAAGACAACAAUGGCGGACAUGACUGCACAGUGGGUAGUCGGAUGUAUGGAGAUAACUGCUUCGGAGGCGAGCCAUUUUUCGUUGCAAGAGAGCCGGACAAUCGAGAGUCGGAAGAGGACGACGGGUAUGUGGUGUCGUAUGUGCAUAAUGAAAGCUCAGGCGAGUCGAGUUUCUUGGUGAUGGAUGCCCGGUCACCGGAUCUUCAAGUGUUGGCGGCGGUGAAGCUGCCGCAAAGAGUGCCGUACGGUUUACAUGGGAUAUUCAUUAGGGAAAAGGAUCUCAAUGAAAUCUGA